GCUAACUUGAUUAUAUUUAUAGUGAGAUGUAAGAGUGGGUUCCUUGUUAUAAGAUAGUUGGCAAAAUAGUAUUUGAAGAGGCUGAAAAUCGUACUAGGUGUUUAACGGUUAUCCCGUCCAGCCCAUGAUUUUUCCAACGCCCCCAAAUUAGCUGACCGCUAGCUAGUUUGCUACUUAGCGUUACACGUACUGCAGUCCUGAUUUUAAGAAAACCGAGACACAAGGGAAGUGGUAAGGAGGAAAACAUCCCUGUUUUCACGAGGACAAGGAACAAGACUCGACCUGAGUCACAAGUUGACAAGACCGAAACUCAACAAUUGUGACAGCUAGCGCUAGAGGCAAUACUUGAAACCAACACGUACGAAAUGAGCGCAGAAUGUUAAAAUAGAGCGCACAACAGGACUGUCAAGCUGGUCACCUGGAAGAAAAUAGGCGUCGUAGAAAGAACAAAAAAUACUACUGUGCACUGUUUUAGAGUCCCAACCCCUGCGUUUAAACGUGCUUUGUUACUUCAGAAUUUAGUGUAUUGUGCUGGAGUAAGACGGUCACUGUUUCACCCAAAAUUGCAUGAUCAAACUCGGGGACUCUGUCUAGCUCCCAGAUCCACGCAGGCAUAUCUUAUGGAGAAUGAGAUGGUGGUGAAGAGCCUGCACGCUGGAGUCGGUCUGCCCGGGGAAAUGGAGACGGACUCCAGAGACGAAGAACAUCAGGAGGCGCUCUGCUUCACCCUCGAUCAAUUAUCUCUCGUGGCUGUUGAAAAGGCAGACUGUGGUGGCGAGGGAGGGCUAGUCGAUUCCCAUGACACGCCGGACUCUAACUCCGAUACGUGCAACGGUGUAGGGGGCUUCGUCGGCUUACAGAUGCUUGAACACCCCGGAGGCUCGGUGGGAUCCCCGUCUUCCUGCUCCCCACCCCCGGAGUACUACGGCUCGGGUGGAUUCCACAUUACCGGCCCGCACGCUCACGCCGUGCUCGGGGAGCCAAGCUCCGUCCUCUGUGGCCGAAAGAGGAGCGUUAACAUGACGGAAUGUGUUCCAGUUCCUAGUUCUGAGCAUGUUGCUGAAAUCGUGGGGCGGCAAGGGUGUAAGAUCAAGGCCCUGCGCGCCAAGACCAACACGUACAUCAAGACGCCGGUGCGCGGGGAGGAGCCGGUGUUCAUCGUGACGGGGCGCCGCGAGGACGUGGAGAUGGCCAAGCACGAGAUCCUGUCGGCGGCCGAGCACUUCUCCAUGAUCCGCGCGUCCCGCUGCAAGGCCGGGGGCGCGGCGGGGGCCGGGGCGGUCGGGGGGGGCCUCCCGGGGCCCCCGCACCUGCCGGGCCAGGUGACCAUCCAGGUGCGCGUGCCGUACCGCGUGGUGGGCCUGGUGGUGGGGCCCAAGGGCGCCACGGUGAAGCGCAUCCAGCAGCAGACGCACACCUACAUCGUGACGCCGAGCCGCGAGAAGGACCCGGUGUUCGAGGUGACGGGCAUGCCGGAGAACGUGGACCGCGCGCGGGAGGAGAUCGAGACGCACAUCACGCUGCGCACCGGCGCCUUCGUCGACCUGCAGGGCGACAACGACUUCCACAGCAACGGCACCGACGUCAGCCUGGAGGGGGGCGGGCUCUGGUCCCGGGCCGGCCACUCGGCCCCGCCCCCGCCGCACCCCGGCAGGAAGGCUCGGUCCGCCUCCUUCCACAGCGCCGGCCUGGCCCUGGGCUCCGCCCCCUCGGAGAGCUGCAGCCCCGACAGCCCCUUCAGCACCGGCAGCGUCGGGGGCGGCUUCGUCUUCGGGGGCGACCUCCCCGCCCCGUCUGCGGAGGAGCUGGGGUUCGAGCUCGGCGGCGGCGGCGGGGGCGGCGGCGGCGGCGCUAACAUCUGGGCGCCGUUCGCUAACGCGCGGCAGCAGCAGCAGCAGCGGCGCAACAGCGGGGCGGUCACGCCGCGCGUCUCCCCCACCCUGCCGCCGCCGCCGCCGCCGCCAUCGUCGUCCGACCCCGCCGGCCUGGAGCACCCGCUGGCCCGCCGCGCCCAGAGCGACCCGCUCAGCGCCCUCUCCUGGCUGCAGGCGGGCGGCGCCUCCUUCUCCCGGGGCUCCAGCAGCAGCAGCACCACCGGCUACUCCUCCUCCUGCUCCGCCUCCUCCCUCCCCGGGGGCUCACCCACCGAGUCGGAGGGCGGGGGCGGCGGCGCGGCCAUGCUGGCCCGCUUCAAGGCCGCCGCCGGCCUGGCGGGCGGGUACGGCCCAGGCGCCCGGGACUGCUACGUCUGCUUCGAGAGCGAGGUGAUGGCGGCCCUGGUGCCCUGCGGGCACAACCUCUUCUGCAUGGACUGCGCCGGGCAGAUCUGCCAGUCGGCCGAGCCAGAGUGCCCGGUGUGCCACACCCCCGCCACCCAGUGCAUCCGCAUCUUCUCCUAACGACGGGGGGGGGGGGGCGAGGAAGAGUGGGUUAAAAGGGGCGGGGCCGGGGAGUACACUUCCUUCAGAACAUAAAGACACCUGGAUCUGCAUAAUUAAACUACAGCUCUAGUCUUCUCAGACACCGACAAACUGCCUUCAUCCAAACGACAAUAGCAACCAUAUCAGCCAUGACACUAGUACUGAUGUUUAUAAUAAUAGUAAUAAUAAUAAUGAUAAUAAUAAUAAUAACAGUAAUAGUAAUAAUACUGAUAAGGGCAAUGACAAUGGAAGUGACAAAUGCGAUUGUUGCAAGCCACCAAGUUUAUUCUGUGAAGAAACUAAGAAUCUUAAACACUAUGUUCUUAUUUCUCAACCCAAGUUAGCCUCAGCUAAUGCACAGUUGGCUUGGUUCGGUUAUUUGUAUCAUAUGUGAUUUUUUUUUUUUUUUCCCUCAAACGCAGAUUUUCUGUUUACAUUUUGCACAGGAAUUCUGUUGCCUUGGGAUGUUUGCAAGUUCUGAUGCACUUUCUAAUGCAUUUUUAAAAAAAAGAUCAUCUAUAAUUCUUGAAUGGUAUUAGAGGCAUCAGAUGUUUUUUGUUAAGUAUUUUUUUAAAAACUGAAUUUAUAUUCCUGUACAGAUGGUUUGCAUUUUCACAUGCUCAAUGGCACUAUUGUGUGGAGAGUUGCUGUGAUGUAAAGGGGACUCACUAGAAAUGGACGCGUAAGUCAAUGAACACGGGUGAAUUUUACGCUAUCCCAGCUUCUUUGAAGGCCAGAGCGUCCAUGUUUCAGUGAGAUAUAAAAGCAUCACCACAGCCGUCCCAUCAGGUUGUACACGCGUGUAGCUGCCAUUCUGAGUAGAGUACGUUUAAAAGACCAAAACGCUGGCAGUAUAUUUUGCGUUUGAAUGUUUUUUAAGGGGAGAGAAUCUAGAAUUAUUUAUCGUUGCUUAAGAACAAUGGCCAGAGUUGGGGGGGAGGGAUGGAUAUCAAAGUUUAAUUGAGCCAACAUAAGAAGUGUGGUUCUGUUGCCAGACCUCAAAUGGCUUUCUUUGUCCCCCAUCUUCCUUCCUACUUCACUUCUCUCUUUCUCUCUUUCCUUUCCUUGUGGGUCUGAGAGCGUACGACUCCAGAUCUUUGUUACUGUGCUGAAAUUUGCUUGAUCAAAUUCAAGAAAAGUUGCGCUUUGUCUAUUAAGGCUUUUUUUAUACUUGAUUAUUGAUUGUUGUGAACAACUCCUCGUUCCUUUUCGUUCCUGAUUUUGACACGGACUCGUAUCUUUUUGGGUUUCAAAGCGAAGCAGACGGUUUUGGAAAGCCCGUGUGGAAAGCCUGUGAACCCUGUGAGACUGUAGCUAGCCAGCUAGCUGUUACGGAGUUUUUUUUCUGUGGUUAUUUUUAAACGGCUGUUAACAAUAGUUCCUUUGUGGCUGCGAUGUGUUCUGUCACAGAAAGAUGGACAUUGAUAAGUGCUCGAGAGACUCUUGGUGCUUUCUUCUUUGCAUUACUGUGCAUUUAUUUCAGUAGAUGAUUGUCACAUCACAUUAAACACACGCACACACACACACACACACAUAGAACAUCUGGCAAUCAUGAAAAUACCAUCCCCCCCCCACCCCCCCAUUAAUCAGAAUUGCAAAAAAGAAAGCACGCCGUUAGUCACAUUUAAAUCUUUCCUCUUGUGCAUGUUAUUUUUCGCAGGGGGGGGUUGGGCAGGUUGUAGUUUAACCUCCCUCGUGCCUCACACGAGGUCUUAUGUGUGAGGAUGCUUAAUGUCUGUACAGUACAGUUUGGGUGAUUUUCACGUCUCUCAGGGGCACUCUCUUGGGACCCCAUUUUUAGUCUCUCUCUCCCCCCCCCCCCCUUCCCAAUCCAUUACAUAAACAGAAUCUCCCAGUGUACUGUUUAGAUUCUUCUGGGAUUACUCGAAACACUAUGAAGAUAUGUAUUUUUAUUUUUUUCUUCUGUUCAUUCUUGAAAAAGCCUCAUUUUAGUUUUUUAUUUUAUUUUUUAAAGUUUUUUUUUAUAAUUGAGUGAAUAUUUGCAAGUGCCCUGAUGGUGAUUUUAUUGCUGGAUGUAGCCCUCUCAGACGUUACAAAACCCCGCUCUCAGUAUCUGGGAGAUAAGCCAUAAACGACAACAUGGAAAGGACACAAAGGGCUUCCACAUUCCCAGCGGCGAUCCACGCGGCCUGGGUUUGUGUAUCCUUAGUAAUAACGAGGAGUCGUGAGGAACAAGACCGUUACGGCAGCUAAGUCCACAAACAACGGGGCUUCCAACAACAACUCAAAAGUGUUGUUUGCUUUUUUUUGGCUGGACCGCAACAGCGGGGGGCCAGCCCUACAAACGCGAAUGUCUGUGACCUGACUGACUGACUGACUGACUGAGUGAGCGAUGAAGUUACGGCGCGCGACGUCUGUGACGUCGGCCCGGUUCGGUCCAGCCGUACGCUAGGUAUUUGAACCUGGUCUUGUUUUUGAAGAGUCGCGGGAAUGUUCCGGUCCUUUCCGUGGGCCGCGUUCUCAGAGCGCUGGCCACGCGGUGGCCGGGAUGUAAUUGAGAUCCGUCACGUCACCUGCGUUCAUCGCGGUUUCGCAAGCACAACGCUCGUCCGUUUCCCUACGUGGUAAGGCGAUGAGCAAGGACCCCCCCCCCACCCCACAAGUGCUCGCCUCAGAAUUCGAACGUUAGGCCUCAUCCUUGACCAGUGACACUUGAUUGUCUUUUGUUUUAAAUGGGUUACAUUUGUUUUACAUUUAUUUAUUUGCUAAACAGCCACCCCUCUCUCUAGGGGCUACUUAAAAUAGAUCACAUGGAUGUGUAUUGUAUGUGUCUGUGUAGUGCGCUAGUUAUAUUUCUGGUUGUGCCCAUGCAAAAUUUUGUUACAGGUGCACGAGAACAGUCCAGGUGUAUAUGAAUACUGCUUUCACUAGUAUGUAUAAAGUAUAUCUUGGGAGUUUUUUUUAAAAAAAAAACACAUUUUUUCAACCAUGUCCUAGUUUACUUGUGCCUGGGGACUGUUUGUUCUCAAGUGAAGGUUUGUUUGGCUGAUGAACAAUAAUACCUGGUUUCCCUGUGCGCAGAUUUUGGUCGGACUCUGAUAACCACUUAUGUAAUUCAGAUCUCCGUUUCGACACCAGUCUAGUCGGUACUGCGGUGCAUUUUUUUAUUUUUAUUUCGGUUGUCGAAACCCUGUCGGAGCUCUCGACCGAAGGACCUGCAGAAUUUUGCGACUUUGGACGUCCGCUUUUGAAAAGGAGAAAAGGCCGGUCGCGGGGUUACGUACGAAUGUCUCCGUCACUCUUCUCCCGUAGCUUCUGGAGGGUCUUCCAAAAACCUACACGCAUGACUGACAUCUCUGUUCCAGCUGUUCGAUUUCAUCUGCAGCGCAGUGCCCCAGUCUGGAAUGUCCUUUUUGUUUGUUUGUUUGUUUGUUUGUUUAUUUGUUUGUGGUCGCUUUUAAACAUGAAAUGAUAAUGUUGACUGCCUGAUACUUGAAGCAUAUGGGUGUCAUCGAAUGUUCCUUUCUUAAUUGGGGUGGGGGGGAUGGAGAGAUCUGAGAAAUGCUUAACGAGUUGAGAAUGUGGAUAAGGACAGAGGGUAGGUGAUGGUGGGCAUCCAUUUUGCAAACGCGUGUUGAGGAAAGAACGGUUUAAAGGUACAAGUAUCUAAUGCACAACAUACCCUAAAGAUGGGGAAAAAACAGGGUUUAUGAAUGAAAAUCAUUUUGGGAUGCACAGAGGGGUGGGAAAGAAACAUAGUCCAUUCUUAAUUCCUUUCCCAGAAUCACCCUCUGUCCUAUUGCUUUAAGUAUUUUGUACACAGAUUUAAUGAUUUUAUUAUUUUUUUAACCAAAAGUGUUUUUCAAUAAUAAGCCUGCAGAACUGACUGUAAAUACAACUAUUACAAUCAUUGGAAUUUGUGUGUGGAUGUGGAGGACUAAUUAGGACAAAUGCAUUUUUAUCAUUGUUUGCGAGUUCACGGUCCGCGUGUCCUGAAGUUAUCGGACAUUGGUUCAGUCACUUAUUUUUGCAUUUCUUUAUAACGUACUUACUUUAUGACCAAAACGUCCCAAACUGUGACCAUUUUACUUUAAGGAUUUUUGCCUAAUUCUGUGUACAUCUAGACAAUUUAUAAUAGAAAAUAAGACAGCUAUUGAAGAAAUUUUAAAAUUGAAAUAUAUUUUAUUUUAAAGUUCACGGACCUUUUAACCUUUAGGUGGGGUGCUUAUAUAUAGUGCUUAUAUAUUUGAACUGACUUGACGGUUAUCAGAAAUUGUAUUAAGAGUUUUAUUUUUUAUGAUUCUUUAAUAAAAUGUUUUUGUUUUUGUUUUGUUUUUUAUGAAAAACAAUAA